AUGGAUGUUACACUAACAGCCGAAGCUGGACACUAUUACAGAUACAUUGUCAAACUCCCGCGGGAAAAUCUUCCCCAACUACCCUCGUCCUCCUUGAGUAGGGAAGCAUUACGGACAGGAUGGGCGGACGAGAACAAACUCGGGCCUAAGCUGAUUUUAUACGGCGAGAGUUGCGGAGGCCUUGUGCUGGAGCGGUUGCCUGGAGAAGCCCUUAAUCCACAGACGGCGCCAAAGUGGCUACCGCAAAUUGCUGGCUUGCUUCGUAGAUUCCAUUCCACUAAAGCGGCGGCCUUCAUGGAACGCUAUGAUCCGAUAAAGUCCGUGAGAGGAUAUCUUGACAUCAUAAAGGCCAACAAGACGAUGCCUCAAGCAGACAUGCGUCUCAUCGAUGGCGUAUUAGUGAACACUGGAAACAAGGUCAAGGGGCACCCCUGGGUCCCAUGUCACAACGAUCUCCACUGUCAGAACAUCAUGCUGAACAACAUACCUCAGGGCGAGGAUGGGAAUCAAGUAGUCGCAAUCGACUUCGAGGAUUGCGAUCUCGCGGAUCCGAUGUGGGAUCUUGCCUACUUCACAGUCAACCUGGGCAGGGAAAAUUGCCCGCGUACACUGAUGGAACUUUACGGCGUGUCGAAAGAAGAGGAGAGACGUUAUCGCGCCUACUUGCCACUGGCAGUUGCGCAUUGCGCGGCAUGGGCGGGUAUGCGGGGAGGCGAUUGGUUGAAGCAUUGCGGAGAGAUGAUGGUGAGGCUUAGGACUCUGUUGGGUAAAAACAGUCGAACGGAGGGACAUCGUAGAGGAGGCAACUGA